AUGAAGGUGAUUAUCGUCGGCGCUGAGAUAGAUGGACUCAUCUGUGCGAUCGCUUGCAAGCAGGAGCAAUUAGAGGUUGUUGUUCUCGAACAGCAGGCGGAGAUCGAGGUCAAUGCUGGUAUUCAAAUCCCGCCCAACGGAACCCGAAUCCUGCAUCAACUGGGGCUUCUGGAAGAUGUCGUCCGCAGAGGAACCAGUACGGAGUAUCUGGAUCUAAGACGCUACCAGGAUGGAGCAGUGAUCCGGUCGAUGCCGUGGGGGGCGCCCGUUUGUCAGGCUUACGGACGACCGUGGCUUAACAUCGCUCGAGCGGAUCUCCUCGACAUCCUACGUGGCAGAGCGCGACAGUUGGGGAUAGAAGUCCGUCCCCGUGCUAUUGUAGAGGACAUCCACUGUGGCAGCGCCGAGGUGAUUCUGGAAGAUGGAACUCGAAUUCAAGGGGAUGUGAUUAUUGGAGCAGAUGGCAUCUUUUCCAAAACUCGAGACGCAGUCCUGGACCAUCCAUGCCCGCCCAGUCCAGCAAGCGACAUCGCCGCCCAAGCAACCAUCAGCCGCGCGACGCUGAAAGCCAUCGACAACGGUCGGCUCGAUGAGCUCUGCUCCAAGAACAGAAUUACCGCCUGGUUAGGCUCCGCCCAGCAUACAGUCCUCUUCCCAAUCCGACAAGGAAAAGAGUACAUGCUCGUUACCUAUCACCACACAUGCGGCACUCCUCCAGCCACAAGGACGGUUCCGCCAGCAGACGGUCUUUCCCGCCUGCAAGCCCUGCAUCAAGGCUGGGACAUUCGCCUCCAAACCAUUCUUGCGCACGCGACGUUCUCCUCACAGAUCCGCUACCGCACCCUCGACGACCUACCCACGUGGACCAAGGCCCACACUACUCUCCUCGGCGCCUCCAGCCGCAUCAUCCCCCCGUACCAAGCCCAGGACCUCGCCGCGACCCUCGAGGACGCCUCCGUCCUAAGCACGCUCCUCUGUCUUUUCAACCGCCACGCGGCCCCACAUCAGCUCCCCCAACUGCUCCCCGAGAUCCUCGCCAUUUACGAGACCCUCCGCAAACCCGCCGCCACCAAAGCCGUCCAGGACGGGCUGCUCAGCCGCCGCGUCCUCCAGGUCGGCCACCCAGUCGCCCAGUAUCUCCGUAACUGGUUUCUCGGCGGGGCGGGCCUCACGCGGGAUACCGAUGCAGGGUGGUGGAAGCUGGUCUCGUCGCAACAGGAACAGACGCUGGGGGGGAAUCUGGAGCAGGGGCUGCUCCAAAGGGUCCGAGAACGGUUCGAGGUAUGGAGGAAGGAGAGGCUCCCUGCUUCGAGUGGGGGCGCGUCUUCGAGGUCAUCCGGGUAUGGGAUUGGGCGGAAGCGAUUGAGGUGUUGGACGUAUUAA